UGAAGAGGUACCAGCUGAUGAGGAAUAUAGCCUGCAGGAGGGGGAUGAAGACCUAGCAAAGGCUUUACACACUAUGCAGGAACAGGCAGUUGAUGCUCAAAUUAUGGCUCAGCGACCAGGACAGAUCACUAAAACUUCCCUGUCUGAAACACCUGAAGUUGUAGAUGACUUUCUCUGUAAUUUUCUAAUCAGAAUGGGCAUGAACAGAACACUAGACUGCUUUCAAACUGAAUGGUAUGAACUGAUGCAGAGAGGUAUGCUUGAACCUAAAGAUGUUGGAUUUGUUCCAGAUGCAUACACCUGCAAUCAACAGUUGGAGAGGGAAAACAAACGUUUAAGGAAGGAGAUGGAGAACUAUAAAUUUGCAGCCAACAAGGCUAAGGAAGCAGUAUUAAAAAUGCAGAAAGAGCGUGACUUCCAUCGAAUGCAUCAUAAGCGAGUGGUUCAGGAAAAGAACAGACUCAUUAAUGACAUUAAAAGGCUGAAGACACAUUAUGCAUCAUAUGAACCAAUGUUAAGGCAGCUACAUGAAAAAUAUGAGAUUCUGCUAAGAGAAAAAAUGCUUACAAGCUUGGAAAGAGAUCGAGUUGUUGGGCAGAUUACAGGAUUGCAAGCCACCUUACAAAGCUUAGAGUCUGGAAGCAACAUUCACAUUCCUGUGACUAGAGCAGGUCAUAGAUGUGAAAGAGAGGAUGGAAUAGAGGGACCUUCUCAGAAAGCUCUGAGAGAAGCCAGAGAACAAAAAAUAUAUUCUGGAGUUAACCCAUAUGAUCCAGCCAAAGAUCCAACAAAGCAGACGGGCAAGAGAUAUCCCAAGGAUUCAGAAUUUCCUGAAGACAUUCAAGUGAAUCCUUACCUUGCUCGUGCAAAAGAAUGUGUGCGCCCAUUGAAGUCUGGAGUGUAUAGGCUGAGCAACACCUUGAAAGUACAUGAUCUGGCAGUAAGCUGCUUGGCUUUACAUCCAAGGAAAGAUAUUGUUGUCACUGGAAGUGAUGAUUGCUUGUGGAAAAUGUGGGCCUUCCCUAAUGGCAACAUCAUCAUGAAAGGUGAAGGUCAUACUGAUUGGCUUUCUGGGUGCUGCUUCCAUCCAAGCGGAACCAAAUUGGUCACAUCAAGUGGGGAUACAACAGUUCGGAUAUGGGACUUUGCAAAGGGCGGAUGCAUUCUGACCUUACAAGGUCACAGCUAUGCUGUGUGGGACUGCUCCUGGCAUUCCUGUGGACAUUUUGUGGCUUCUGCCUCUAUGGAUAAAACCAGCAAAGUAUGGGACCUAAACAGUGAGAGAUGCAGAUACACCUUGCGUGGCCAUAAGGAUUCAGUAAACAGCAUUGAAUUUCUUCCUUUCUCCAACAUCAUUCUCACCAGCUCUGCAGACAAGACUCUGUCUCUUUGGGAUGCCAGAACAGGGUUGUGUGCACAGACCUUCUGUGGUCACUUGCAUUCCUGCAAUCAUGCUACAUUCAACAUGAAGGGUGAUACCAUUGUUUCCUGUGACUCUUAUGGUGUGUUGAAAUUGUGGGACAUUCGGAGAGGGGUGCCAAUGGUAUCAAUUGAUGCAGGACCACAUCCUGGCAACCAGGUGGCUUUCGAUCCUUCUGGUUCGGUGAAAUUACUGAAGUUAAUGGAAAGGCUUACGGAAGGAUUCCAAGAUUAUAUACAGUUGCCCAAGGUGACAGAAGCAGCUGUACUGGAGUAUUUUCAAAACUGGAAUAUCCAAGCCAAGUCUGGAUCAUGACAUUGAAC